UGCACGCAAGGUUCCUCGCAAUCGCCACUUUCGUUUUGCUUCCUCCUCCGGUGAAAGCAAAGCAGAUUAAAAAAAAGAAAGAAAGAAAGAAAGAAAGUAGAGGGAAGUCAGUGGCAGUGAUUAAAUCUCCAACCCUAAACCUCCCUCAGCAGAAUUGCCAGCAGGUGUGAAUUCAUGUCUGUAUUUUCACCGCAGAUCUACUGCCCAGUGUUUGUACCCAGCCGAGAUAUGACUGAGGUGAUGAUCAGCAGCACCCCCAUGGAGGACAUGAGGCUCAGCCCCAGCAAGGACAGACUCUCCUUCCAGAUAUUCCCAGACCCCUCAGACUUUGACCGUUGCUGUAAGCUCAAAGAUCGCCUACCAUCCAUCGUGGUUGAGCCAACAGAGGGGGAAGUGGAGAGCGGGGAGCUUCGCUGGCCUCCAGAGGAGUUCCUGGUCAGUGAAGAAGAAGAAGAGGAGGAGGAAGAGGAAGAGGAGGAACAGAGUAAUGGCAGUAUCCAAAAUGGACAGCCAACACAGAAUUCUCAGCACUAGAGGCUGUGCUGCAUCCUCCCCCCAGAUUUAUUCUUGUUUCUUUCUGAUGGACUCUCCUUUUCACACACUGGUUAAACUUCACCUCAGCACUUCAGAAUACUCAACCGACACGUUCAGUGUCUCAGGAUGCCAUCUGGUUGCCCAUGACACCAAAAAAAAAAAAAAAAACAGAAGUCACUCCCACAAGAGAAGCAACACACACCCACAAACUCUUUCUCACAUGAUAGUUUAUCCCUCUGGACUGCAAAACCACGUAAACAGACCUGAAAAGAUCAGAAGCCCUCCACCCGUCCAUCGUGUCUACCACCGCUUGUGUCUCAGCCCAAACCGGAUGUCCUGUUGGACGGCGGCAGCUCAGUGCUCCAUGGACAGGUCUUAUUCUGCAGGCGGGGCGACUGCUGCUCUGUGCUUUACUCCAAAAUGGCUGGCGUCAUGACCCCAGAGACUUAAUGCAUUGCGUUCAGAACUAUUGUGGUACCCGUGGGAAUUCUUGUACAGUACACUGUUUGUGUUCAGUUUCUGGAUUGCUCUGUUAAUUAUUGUGAUUGCCACUGCUGUCUGUACAUUUGUCUGUUUUUUGUUUUUUUUUUUUUUUAGGAGAAAUGGGUGUUUUUUGUGCAAAAAAUAUUGCUGGGAUGUUUGUUUUGUUUUCCCCUCACAGGAUUUGUCUAAAUGAUUCUUUAGUGACGUUGUGUCCGGCAUUCACAGUAAAAAGAAAAAAAAAAAGAAAAAGAAACCUGGAAUUAUUUUACAGUGAGCAGAAAACAAAAGAGAUAAAAAUAAGUGAACAGCAUGCUGUGCUAAGUACCUGUGUGAUAAACUAAUUUUACAGGCUUGUUAUGCACCAAAGGCAGUGUUAUGCUGUGAUCCUCCCAUCAUCACGUUGGCCCCCUCGAAGCCUUAUGAUGAACAGCAGUCAGAUGACAAAGCAAAACGCAGUGACUUUGAGAACAAAAUGUGACGUAGGCAGGUUAUUGUUUAAAGGAGAAUGAGGAUGGAAAAAAUUGUAACUUUUGAAAAAGCACUUGAUAAAGCAAUGUACAGGUCCAAUGAAGGAUGUGUAAAUACUUGUUCCCAGUGAGCCAACCCCUGAGGCCUUGUAGUGCGCUGAUCGUGUUUCUAUGGGUUUGUUUUACUCUUUAGAAACACUGAGCUGUACAUGUCUGAACUGAGAGUUGACCGCGUUUCCUCGUCUUCCUGUUCUUUUUGAAAACAGCCAUACUUUCGACACCGCGAAGUACAGGUUGUGGAGCAUUUAGAGACACAAUUCACAAAUGAGAAUACAGGAAAGAACCGAACCAGUACUCUUCAUUUACAUUUAAAAUGACUUCUGAUGUUUGCCAAUAGCUGUUAAUGGGAAACUGUAUUUGUUCUCUUGGUAGCAAUAUGUCUUUUUUUUGCUUUAACUUUCCUUUCAUGUAACUUCAAAAGUGGUUCGUUUUUCUCUCACAACUUACUGUUUGUGCAACAAGUCUGUGGAAAAGAUGUCACUUUUGUGUACAGUCUGUUACUGUUAUAGAAGCAUGACUGAGAUGUCUUUUUUUUUUUAUUGUAAAUUCUCAUUUGAGUGGCAUUAGGGCUGUGUACAGAACAUCUCUCUCUUUCUCCUGUCUGUCACCUGCAGGUCCCACGUUGUUUUUGUAAAGCUCAGGGAGAUUAGCCGCCAUCUUUCUCUUGUUUUUGUUUUUUUUUUUGUGUGUGUGUGUGUGUGUUUUUUUUGUAUUUAGAUCACUUUUCUCGGUGACAAUUGCAAAGGCUGUAAAUAAACAUUUGAAUUUGCUAUCCAA